AUGGGACCUGAAGUUAGAAGAUUGGCGGAUGCUGGCCCAUCUCUCUUGGAGUUCUGGAAACGAUAUAAACGCCUGUAUCCAAAUCACGAGGUCUUUAAACUUGUCGCAGAAAACGCUUUGAAAUUGGAAGAGUGCGUCCCCUGCUACAUGCAUGGGGAUGAGGGCACCACUUACAAAAAGGAUGGGUGCCUAUGUUUGAGCUUUCACUGUGCAAUGGGCCGUGGGACUAUUAGCAACAAGAUGGGCCCUAUCACACAUGAAGUUUUGGAUGACCCACAUCUGAACUUUGUCGGGCAUGCAUUUGAAACGCGAUUUCUCCUGAGCGCUAUGCUUCGAGAGGAUUACCGUGAUGAUCACAGUGUGAUGUCCGACUUGCUGGAGGUCGUGGUUGGAUCUUUAGACCAUGCUUCUCGGAAUGGGGUCCCUUUGGCGUCUGGUGGAAAGCUACACCCGGUAUGCCUUGGAAACAAGGGCGACUGGCCAUACUUGGAAGAAGCGGUCUUCACUAGGAAAUUGAUGCACGAGUUUGACAAAAAGGCUGCAUUUCAUAAGGUCGACAUUUUUCACACUGUUAGCCUGGGGGUCGGAAAAGCUUGGGCAGCAUGUGGCUUUGCUAUCCUACAGCAAGUGUGUCCUGGGACAUCUAUCGAGAAAAGGCUGCAGGUUUUGUCAGACUUGUACGUCGAGUACUGUGUGGAUCCCCAACCUUUGAUUGACGCAAUUUUUCAUCGAGCGUUACUUGACGCAGGUGCUGCUCUUGUGGAUGCAUCCCAACCGGAGGGGGUGAGAGGGAAACUGCAGCUGAUGGCGGAGAGUGGUGUGCCUGGUGAGGUGUCCAAAACCCGGGUGGAAAAGGCGUACCCGUUCGACCCUGUAAAAGCCCGUGCGGACCUGUAA